CAGGGCCUGAGUGGGGUAUCUGAGGUGUUGGGGUAUCGGGGGUCCCUGGGUAUUGGGAUGGGGGAUCAAAGUGGAGGGCGGGCCCUGAAUGGAAGAUGUCAGGCAGAGGAGCUGGGUCCCUCAAUGUGUAUCUGGGGGACGGGAGGGUGAGGGCCCAGGGCUGAGGUCUCAGGCUGGCCCUGAGGCACUGGCCUUGUCCCAGGGGCUGCUGCUGUGGAUGCUGCUGAGUGUUGGCGGGGUCUGGGCAUCCAGGGGGCCACUGCGGCCACUGUGCCGGCCCAUCAACGCCACUCUGGCUGCUGAGAAGGAGGCCUGCCCCAUCUGCAUCACCUUCACCACCAGCAUCUGUGCCGGCUACUGCCCCAGCAUGGUGCGGGUGAUGCCAGCUGCCCUGCCGCCCAUUCCCCAGCCAGUGUGCACCUACCGUGAGCUGCGCUUUGCUUCCAUCCGGCUCCCCGGCUGCCCGCCUGGCGUGGACCCCAUGGUCUCCUUCCCCGUGGCCCUCAGUUGUCACUGCGGGCCCUGCCGCCUCAAGACCACUGACUGCGGGGGUCCCAGAGACCACCCCUUGGCCUGUGCCCCCCAGGCCUCCUCUUCCUCUAAGGAUCCCCCAUCCCAACCUCUCACAUCCACAUCCACCCCAACUCCUGGGGCCAGCAACCGUUCCUCUCAUCCCCUUCCAAUAAAGACUUCUUGAACCACA